UCACUUUCAGAGAGAAGCUUUCUAAUAAGAGGACCUGCAUGUUACUCCUCCCUGUCUUCACCAGCGGUUUUGAAGAUCAGCAGAAGUUCUUGUUAACACAUAAAUGAACAGCUGAAAAAACCCUCAUAAAUCAUGGCUGCAGCUUCAGCUGAUUCACUGACACACAAAAACUUCUGGAGCAACCAAACCAACAUGGCCAUAAAUGCCUCAGAAAUUCAAAACAAUGACAGUUGUCCCUUAGACGACAACUCGCUGUCACUCACUUUGAUAGUUUUUUAUUCCAUAAUUUUUGUUGUUGGAUUGGCUGGAAAUAUUAUAGCCCUGUUUGCCUUCCUGUGCAUUCAUCAGAAAAGGAAUUCUAUCCAAGUUUACUUGCUAAACGUGGCUGUUGCAGACCUUCUGCUGAUCUUCUGUCUUCCCUUCCGAAUACUCCAUCACGCUAACAAAAAUAUUUGGAUGUUUGGACGGAUUUUAUGCAAGAUUGUAGGAACUCUGUUUUACAUGAACAUGUACAUUAGCAUAGUACUGCUGGGACUAAUUAGUCUAGAUCGUUACAUAAAAAUAACUCGGUCUGUGAAGCGUCCUAAAAUGUUAACUCCGACACGAAGUAUUCAGAUUUGUUGUGUCGUGUGGGCAAUUGCACUAUCAGGGUUUACAGUAGUAGUUGCACCAUCUUUCUUUAAGAGUGAGGACAGCAAUUCUACUCUGUGCUUCCAUUACCGAAGUAAACGGAAAGCAAAGACAGAAGCGAUUUUAAAUUAUAUCACGGUACUAAUUUUUUGGAUAGUCUUUUUCCUCUUGAUCCUUUCGUACCUCAAAAUCGGCAAGAGCCUCCUGAAAAUUUCGAGGAGAAGAUCAAAUUUUCCCAACGCAGGAAAAUACACCAAGACAGCAAGAAAUUCCUUCAUUGUACUCAUCAUUUUCACCGUCUGUUUUGUUCCUUAUCACAUCUUCCGGUUUGCCUACAUUACAUCACAGCUACAAAACCCCUCCUGUUAUUGGAAGCAGAUCAUUCACAAAUGCAACGAGGUGAUGCUCAUAUUUUCAUCAUUUAACAGCUGCCUAGACCCAGUCAUGUAUUUCCUGAUGUCCAGAAGCGUCCGUAAGGCUGUAUUCCAACUCAUUUGCAGAAAGAUUCACGGAGAUUCAAGCCUAAACACGGAAAGCACUUCAGACAUAAAACUUGGACAAUAUACACAGGAGAGAUUAUCUACUCUCACUCCCCACUCAAGUUACUCAAGGAAGAAGUUUGUGGUUUGACUGUUUAAAUGAAUGGAUUUCUCUAUGAUGUUGCUCCAGAAUAUCAGUUGCAGAUCACGAAAUGCUCAACUCUACAGCUACUAAUCCUGCCUCUUUCCUCCUGGUCAAAAAAUGAGAAGUCUUGCUUCUGGUUGUGAAAACGAGAAGUUACUUUUCAGAAGUAUUUCGCUCUUGUUUAUCCGUGAAAACAAAUUAGGAAGUUCUGGGACAACCUGUGUUGGACUAAACUAGAACACUAACUCUUUAAGGAGAUUUCCACGAAGGUGUUCAGACCUGUAUAAGGAAUCUUGUAUAUAUACAUUAAUAUUAGUAACUUGUGUAUGUAAAUAAUAGAUGAAUUUUGCAAAAAGUAAAUUGUGUUCCUAUUUGAAAGAUCUAUAUAAACCAUUACAGAUUUUAUACAACUCUCUGUUUUAACAGGUUUCAAAAAGAUUAGUAUUUCAACUACGUUUAUAAGUGUAUUUUUUUGGAAGAAAGUAUUUUAGAAUUUAGCAGCAUAUGUGGCUUGAAAAUGAGGUGAAGAAUACAACAGCUAUUAAUUCAGUUAGAAUUACAAAAGAUACACUUAGUUUUAUUAAACAGCAAAAUUAAAAUAUUCAAGCCUCCUAAACCCCUUAUUAUAUUUUCAAGAGUUUAAUGAAUGUCAAGGUCGAACACCUAAGGAAAAGCAAGCAAUGCUUUCAGAAAAUCAGAAUUAACGAAGGAGAGAUGACAUGGAGGUAUUUUCAAUUACCUAAGAUUUCCUUCAAACUCUGACACAUUUGGUGGCUGCAGCUACACAAAGUAGUUCAGCAAGGCACAUAAACUCAGAGAACUGAGCACAAAGGGCAGCCUGGCUCAGUCACUGUUCUACUUACAGAUUUCCACAGCCACACGUUUCAGCUGCACGCUUGUGAUUAAAAUAAU